ACAUGGCUUCCACUCCACCUGUACAUUCCAGCAGCAACACAAUCAGAAGUGGAAUUUCUCCUAACCUGAAUGUGGUUGCUAGUAGACCGACUUACCCUGGCUGUGGAAUUGGUUAUCCUGUCUCUUCUGCAUUUGCAUUCCAGAAUACCUUUGCCCAUCCAGUGUCCACCAAAAAUACUUCCCACCACUUUCAGGACCAAAGGUUCACUUUAACUUGCAGUUUACAAAACCAAGUUCAUCCCUGGGAGACACUCAGCCAGGAGCAGCUGUUAGCAUGCCUGGCUCAACUGAUAAGGAAAAUGCUGAAAAUUUGGGGCUGGAAUCCAAAUACUUGAGGAAAAGAGAAGAUAGCAUUCCGCUACGUGGACUCAGCCAGAAUCUGUU